AAUAUGUCGAAGUCCUUUGCGUUUGCGAUGCGUGCAUAUAUUAAACAUCAUUGCCAAUUGGUCACAAUGUCAAUGUCAAUGAGAAUGACAGCACUCGACGCACUCUUCUUCUUCUUCAAUCCUAGCUCACAACAACAACAUCAACAAAUCUCAGAUCAGAGCCUUCUCCUGCUAGAAAAGAAAGUCUUGUGUGUGUUUCGUGAUCUCUAAAGAUGGGGAAAAAGCGUGUAAUGGUGCCGGCCAAGGACGUUGACUUGUCCUCUAUCAAAUACGAACCUCAUAUUUUCCAAGCUCCGCAUUUGACUGGCUUUAUGUUUAGAUUGUUUGUGAAGCUACUAGAAGCCCCACUCAUAGGUCCUCUCAUUGUGAAUUCUUUGAAGAAAGAAAAUAAAUUUGAUGAGUUACUGAGGAACACCGUGAUACCUGAGGAACCCAUGUUUAAACCUGAAUAUCCACCUCAAGAAAUGGAACCUGGUGUUGUUGUCCUUGACGAAAAUGGGAGACCCGAAGAUCGAGUCGAGUCUGCCUUGAAGUGUCUUCUACAUUAUGAUCCUGCUGGAUUCUGGGAAAAUUCAUCUUUACCCUUUCGGUACUGGAAAAUACGUGACUAUGCUUAUGCUUAUCGAUCUAGAAAAGUAACCCCAUCUAUGGUUGCUGAGCGUAUCAUCUCAAAUAUAGAGGAGAAUGGAAGAAAUAAACCUCCGACACCACUAUUGAUAUCCUUUGAUGCUGCAGAAAUCCGGAAGCAGGCAACAGCAUCUACUCAAAGGUUUGAAGCAGGAAAUUCAUUAUCGAUAUUGGAUGGAAUUUUCAUGGCCAUCAAAGAUGACAUAGACUGCUAUCCUCAUCCGUCUAAGGGUGCAACUACGUGGAUGCAUGAGGUACGCACUAUAAAGAAGGAUGCUGUCUGUGUUUCAAGGCUGCGUAGCUGUGGUGUCAUAUUCAUAGGGAAGGCAAAUAUGCAUGAGUUUGGCAUGGGAGCAACAGGAAAUAAUCCUAAUUACGGAACUACAAGAAAUCCUCAUGCACCUGAUAGGUAUACCGGUGGAUCUUCUUCAGGUCCAGCUGCAAUUGUUGCUUCUGGACUCUGUUCUGCUGCACUGGGAACUGAUGGUGGAGGUUCAGUCCGAAUUCCUUCUUCCCUUUGUGGUGUGGUGGGGUUGAAGACAACUUAUGGGCGGACAAGCAUGGAGGGGUCAUUAUGUGAUUCUGGGACAGUGGAUAUUAUUGGGCCUAUUGCUUCAACGGUGGAGGAUGUCAUGCUAGUGUAUGCGGCAAUGUUGGGUGCAUCACCUGCAAAUAGAGUCAGUUUGAAGCCGUCACCACCUUGUUUGCCAACUCUAUCAUUCGAUGAAGAUUCAAAUGCUUUGGGAUCAUUAAGAAUAGGAAAGUACACCCCGUGGUUUAAUGAUGUGAAUUCAACUGAAGUCUCUGAUAAAUGUGAGGAUACUCUUAAUCUGCUAUCCAAGACACAUGGUUGUGAAAUGAUAGAAAUUGUUAUACCGGAGCUACAUGAGAUGCGAACUGCCCAUGUUGUUUCCAUUGGCUCUGAAUGCUUAUGUUCACUGAAUCCUCAUUGUGAAGAGGGGAGAGGUGUAAAAUUGACAUAUGAUACUCGUACAAAUUUGGCACUUUUUCGGUCGUUUACAGCAGCAGAUUAUGUUGCAGCCCAAUGUAUUAGACGAAGGAUUAUGCAUUACCACAUGGAGAUUUUCAAGAAAGUGGAUGUUAUAGUGACUCCAACAACCGGCAUGACAGCACCCAGAAUACCUCCUAGUGCUCUUCAAAGUGGUGAAACGGAUUUGCAGACCACAGGUUACCUUAUGCGAUUCAAUGUUGCGGCAAAUCUUCUGGGACUCCCUGCCAUUUCUGUCCCGGUCGGCUACGAUAAAGAAGGACUUCCAAUAGGUUUGCAACUAAUAGGUCGACCAUGGGCGGAAGCUACUAUUCUGCGCAUAGCAUCUGCAGUAGAGAAACUCUGCGGUGAGCGUGAGCCAAAGAAAAAGCCUGUGUCGUACUAUGAUGUUCUGCGGACCAUCUGAUGCUAAGAUUUUCUAGUUGGUUAUGGCUGAUCAAAGGCUGAAGCCUUCGCUGUGUAUUAUUUGUGUAUCUUAUCCAUUUAGCAAAUUGUGUGUGUUUCAUCCUCGGGGCAUCAUUUCUCAAAAAGGAAAUAUGGCUUGAAUAGUUAU